GUGACAAAAAUGGCCGCCGUAGCGUUACUUCCGGCAAGCGUGGAGACGUAGCUCGGCCGCUUGUUCUUUCCGCGUUGAGUGCGGUAGCAGAAAGAUCGGUAUGACCCGCUGGGCUCGUCCUGGCCAAGGCAGUACGGUAGUGCGGAACCGUAAGGUAUGCGCAGCCACACCCUGGGAAGAGCUCCAGCAGCAGAGCCGCAGAGCAGAGAGCAAUAAUGGCGGGACCAAACGGGGUGCCCCUGAGAACCGGAGCGGCCCGCAGGCAAACAAACGCAAGAAGAAAAAUAAAAAGGAUACCUACGUGAACCAGGAUGUGAACGGAUUCAACGAGCACCAGGAGGAGCAGGACGGCGCCUCCAUGCUGAUGAAGGACCAGCGCAGGGAAGGCAGGAGGCUCAAGAGACAGAACCAAAAGAAGGACAAGAUGAUCUGUUUCCACUGUCGUAAGCCUGGCCAUGGCAUGGCAGAUUGCUCCGAGGUGCUGAGAUGUCAAGAUGCUGGGACAGGGAUCUGCUUCCGAUGUGGAUCUACGGAGCACGAAGUCACCAGAUGUAGAGCUAAAGUUGAUCCGGCCCUCGGAGAAUUUCCGUAUGCAAAGUGUUUUAUAUGUGGCGAGAUGGGACAUUUAUCUCGCUCCUGCCCGGACAAUCCCAAGGGUCUGUACGCUGAAGGGGGAAGCUGUCGGAUUUGUGGUUCUGUUGAACAUUUUCAGCGAGACUGCCCAGAACAUCAACAGUCAGCCCAGCUGACAGUCAGCAGAUGGUCAAACGGAAUGAGUGCAGAUUAUGAAGAAAUCCCUGCUGCUCCAAAGGUGCAGAAAACGACCAAAAAGGGCCCGAAAAUUGUAACAUUUUAAGGUACCUCCGUGCAUGGACUUCAGAACCAUUACUGGCUUAUCUAAAACAACAAGUUGCAGGGAGCUUGCGAUACCAAUUACAGAAGAUGCACUGGAUGAAAUAAUCACACAUUUAAAAGGACUUUAGCAAUAAGUAUCACUGCCUUUAGCCUCUGAGCUUACCGGACGGCAGUCCUUGUCAUCUUGGCUGCUACUUGUUGCUCACGUUGUACAUACAGCUGGACAGCAGAAUGUUCCUUUUGGAACGUGACUAUACACAAGUUCCUGAAAACAUCUCGGCGCUGCGACUCUUGUGCCUUGCUGUAAGAUAAAUAUUUUUUCAAGUAUAAUCACAUUAAUUCAUCUCUUCCUAACUUUAUGGAAGCUUUUCAAAAGGAUAAAAUAUGAAUAAAUCUUGUAUUAACUGAA